AUACUUAUGAGUGAUUCACAAAUAUCGUGACUUUUAGUGAUAUGUGUUAUGAUGUGACCGAUAGUCAGGUGUUUUGGUGUCAACUCGUGAGCGAUGGGUAUCUGAUCUGUGAUUGCCAUCAGUGGAGACAAUAGAAAUGGAGGACAACAGCGAAAAGCUGGACAAAGCCAUCAAAAGUUUGGAUGCGUUCAAAGAUUUGCUCAACAAAUCUGAUUUACAGACGCGACAAAUGAGUGUCAUAUUAGACAACUUCAGCGAAAGACUGUCGCGAUUGGAACAGACUAUACAACCGGUCUAUAAAGAGACGGGAAAUCUUCAAACAGUUCAACAAAAUAUUGUCUCAACACUUGAACGACUCGACUAUGUCAUCAAGUUUUACACUGUGGCCAAUGAGGUCGAGGCCAACAUUACCACCGGACCUAAUGAUUCAUUGGACAUAUAUAUCAAAAACUUGGAUCGACUUAAGGAAGCCAUUGAUUAUUUUGAACUCAAUAAUCACGACAGUCCUGAACUAAUGAAUGUCAGCGCUUUGUAUGAAAAAGGAGGCAAUUGUAUUGAAAGAGAGUUUAGACAACUGUUGGCCAGACAUAGUGUUGCCGUUCCUCCCGUUUUGAUCUAUGAUUUAGUUCAUGAAGAGGAUAAUCAAGAUAAUGAAGAGUCAGACAAAACUAUUUUAGAGCAAUUGCCAGAGAAAGCAAGGGAUGAGUUGAGACAAUUAGCGCAAUGGCUUUGCGUUCAUAAAAACGAUGACUUUAUUACAGUUUAUGCUAAUCUUCGUUCAGAAGUUUUAUUAAAAUCACUUCAAGGGCUCAGAGAUCACCAAAAGUCAUGUAGCGGUGGAUUCAAUAUAAACACUAUAAAUAUGAGUCAUUCUUCGCCAGCGAUGAGUCGGAAAAAUGUUUCUCAAUUUCGAGAGUCGUCUGCUGUUCGUCGGACACCAAAGAGCAUACAACAGGCGCUUAUGAAGAAACUUCAAGAUGUGAUUCCCGGCGAUGUUUUGGGUAAUAAAUCAAACCAAACAACACUUGAGGUAAUAAAAGAUGAAUUAUCUAUAAGUGAACGCGAAAUCGUCGGUUACUUGACGUGUGUGACAGCUCUCUAUAAACUAAUGCAAAGCGAACUGAAACUUAUGAACGGAGUUAUUAGUAUUGAACAUCAAAGACCUAUAUUUAGUCGUUUGGUUUAUCCAUCACUUGAAAGUGUUGUCGGAGAAGGAGAACAGUUAGCUAAUAGAGUCAAGAAGUGUGUUGUUCGUCAAGAUUUUUCUUCAGCUUUGUGUUUGUUCCCAAUUCUUAGACAUCAGGCUUCUAUGAGACAUAACUUUGAUAUUCUGUUUGAUGGAUGUAAUCUUGAAGUUCAAUCAAAAUUUCAAGGAUUAGUUGUUACACUGCAGACAACUAUUUCUCGUUCAUUGGAAGAGUUUAUUGAUUAUAUAAAAAGUGAUGUCAACACAAAAGUGCCUAAAGAUGGAACUGUUCAUCAGUUGACAAGUAAUGUAAUGAUAUUUAUCGUUCAAUUACUCGAAUAUUUGGAUAUUUUGUCGCGAGUUAUAACCGUAACAGACAUUCAUUCGCUGGAAAAUUCUUCAGAUAAGAAUAGAUUGGCUUUUGCUCAGUAUAUCACUCGAAUACUGUCAGCACUUGGACUUACUCUUCAAAAUAAAUGUGAAUUUUAUAACGAUUCUCAUCUUAAGGCUAUAUUUAAAUUAAAUAACACUCAUUACAUAUUAAAGACUUUAAGAAAAUCCAAUUUAUUGAAUAUCGUUGAGAUGUAUAACCCAGAGAUAGAGUUGGUUUAUGAAGAACAGAUGUUAGACGCAAAACGUAUUUACUCUCAAAGUUGGAGUCGUAUACUUCAUUAUGUCCUCGAAAUGGAUAAACCGUUUUCACAACAAAGAACUUUACCCGAAAUGAAUAAUAUGGCGAAUAUGAAACUUAAAGAUAAAGAUCGGCAGAAUAUUAAAGACAAAUUUGCGGGUUUUAACAAAGAGAUUGAAGAAAUUCAAAGAAUUCAAACAGCAUUUGCUAUUCCAGACUUAGAGCUCAGAGAAAAUCUUAAAAAUGAAAAUAAAGAUUAUAUUAUUCCUAAAUAUAAACUAUUUUUUGAUAAGUAUGUUAACAUCGAUUUUACCAAAAAUGUCGAUAAGUAUAUCAAAUAUACUCCCGAAAGAGUUGCCGUUAUUAUCGACUCAUUCUUUGAUUCGACGGCUUAAUAUUGU